GGGGCGGGGCGGGGAUCAGGGGCCGGCGGCUCGGGGCCGUGCCCGGGGGCUGCCGCCAUGCGCCGGGGGCUGCCCGCGCUCCGCGGCCUCCUCGGGGGCGGCUCCGCGGGGCGGCCGCUCCGGCUCCUGGCGCCCAGCGGGCCCGAGCCGCCGGCUGAGGGCAGCGGGGGCGGCCAGCUCAACGUUCUGCCGUCCUUUGGGUUUCUUUUUGACAUUGAUGGUGUACUAGUACGAGGAAAGACUCCGAUACCUGCUGCAAAAUCGGCCUUUCAAAAGCUAGUUAAUUCUCAGGGACAAUUCUUGGUGCCUGUGGUAUUUGUCACCAAUGCAGGGAACUGCCUUCGCCAGAAAAAAGCUGAUCAGUUGUCUCAUAUACUGGGAGUUCCAGUUUCCCAAGACCAAGUGAUGAUGUCACACAGUCCUCUGCGGAUGUUCAAACGUUAUCAUGAAAAAUGUGUUCUUGUAUCUGGACAAGGACCGCUUCUGGAUAUUGCUCAAGACCUUGGUUUCAGUCAACCCAUCACCAUUGAAACAUUGCGGGAGAAAUACCCUUUGCUGGAUGUAGUUGACCAUGACAGAACACCUGAUGUUUUGUACCCCUCUGCUGUGGAGCUUCCCAAGAUUGAGGCUGUUGUCUUGUUUGGGGAGCCAGUCAGGUGGGAAACCAACCUUCAAUUGAUCAUAGAUGUUUUGCUGACAAGUGGCUAUCCUGGAAAUCCGUAUCACCAUGAAAAUUACCCUCAUAUACCUGUACUGGCUUGUAAUAUGGAUCUGAUGUGGGUAGCUGAAGCACAGUCUCCAAGGUUUGGGCAUGGAACAUUCAUGGUUUGUUUGGAAAACAUUUACAAGAAGAUCACUGGCAAAGAUCUGAAAUAUGAGGCCUUAAUGGGCAAGCCUAGUGAACUGACCUAUCAGUACGCAGAAUACCUUAUCAGGACUCAAGCAGCAGAAAGACAAUGGAAGCAACCUAUUCAAACUCUUUAUGCUGUUGGAGAUAAUCUCAUGACUGAUGUCUAUGGUGCUAACCUUUACAAUCGCUAUCUUGAAGAGAAGAACUCCAGAAAAGGUUCAAAAACACAGAUUCAGGCAAAAGUUGCUGGAGGCAGAGGGUCUGCUGCUCUCUCUCAGGAUGAUGAAAUAGACAACAGUUGGGAGAAUGAAUUGGCAUCUGCUGCUGCUACCCACUGUAGCAACCACAACUGACAUAGAGCUAGCAAUGGAGCCUGAAAGCAAACUGUUUCCUCAUUGCCAUGUUCCAGUGUUAAUGCAUACUGAACACUUUCACUGCAGAAUUUGAAAUACUACUGAUGUUAGUGGUAUAGCAUCUCUUUGCCAGAGGUUCUCACACUUUGCAAGGUGAGUAGAAAAGCAUGUGUUCCUCCCUCAAUGAGUCCCAGUCUAGUUUGCACUUUAAUUUAAAAUUCUAGAGAAAAUGUUUGUGCCAAAAUGCUUCCAUACCAGUCUACUUUCCUGAAUUCCAGCAAAAGACUUGUCAUCUUUACCUUUUUUUAGUAUGACUGCUGAAAAAGCAGGCAUUAUUGUUCAUUAUACUGUUUGAUGUCUUACAAACGAAGAUACUACACUGACACUUCUUAUUUGAAUUUUGCCUCCUGUUCACUCAGGAAGUGGUACAGAUGAGAACUGCAAAAAAGAAGUGUCAAAACAUUGCAGUAGAGUUACUAUUGCAAUAGCUAACAUUACCUUGAUGUGGAUGAUGUGGUCGCAAAGCAGUUUACUGUACUAAUGGGGGAGUCCUGGGCAGGCACAGAAACAGGACUUUCAGGGAAAAAAAAUGGUAUGAAUUUGGGAUGCUUCUGUGGACUGAAUUCCUGUGAGCUGCAGAAGUGGAUGAGAUGCUUUCCUGGAGUACUUCUGCCUUCGUCCUGUGAGAGGAUGCAUGUGGCAUGCUUUCUAAAAGCUAAAAAAAUGCAAUGGUCCAGGCUUAUCUGCCAUAAAUAUGAACAGAUAUUAAUUGGUAAUUACCUUUGUUUUUCACAUAAACAAAGUGGUGCAUGCUCCUCAACAUUCCAGGUUGGAUAUCAGGAAAAGGUUCUUCACUGAGAGGGUGGUUGCUCACUGGAACGGGCUCCCCAACGAUGUAGUUACAGCACCAAGUCUUUCAGCGUUUCACAAGUGUUUGUACUAUGUUCAUUAGCAAUAUGGUCUGAAUUUUGGGGUAGUCCUGCAUGGAGUCAGGAGCUGGGGCCUUGUGGGUCCCUUCCAACUUGGGAUAUUCUCUGAUUCUAUGAAAAGCUGCGUGAAUACAGCUCACAAGUAUUUCUCAAAGGAAUUUUUUUCUCAAAUGGACCCAGUGCAGCCCAUAUCUAGCUGCGAGCAGCUCCUGCUGAGGGACUUGUUUUGCCCUUGGAAAAAUCCCUGCCACUUGCAGACACAACUGCCUUUGUAACUGUAGUCGGGUUUUUGUUUUUCACCAAAACUGAAGAAUAUUGAACCCCAAAGUAUGGGGAAGUUCAUUAAGAAGUGAAUUUAUUUGUGGAACGAGGGGAUACCUCCUGAGAAGCAGAAUCUGCGCCAGUUUUUGUACCACAUUCUCCAGGGGCACGAAACCCCGGUCAGGUUUGCUCUGAGGGCGGCCGGCGGGAGGCGCUGUCCGCCAUCUUGGCUUUACCUCAGCCCAGGCACCGCGCCGCGCAGGCAAAGCAGGGCAAGUCAGAGCAUUGCGACCCUCUUCUGUCUCCGUGGAUUUAUUUAUUUAUUUAUUUAUUUAUCAAUAUAUGCUUUAUAAGUAGUAAAAUGAGAAACCAUUGCCCCCACACAGUUCUCCAAGGCCUGGUAUAUUUCAGUUCUCCAUCCUCGUGGACAGAACUCCAGCUCGGUAAGGGUUAAUAUAAGCUGGGCAGACCUUGAAAAAGACAAAAUGCUUAAAAAUAGUAAGAGACAGUGUUCACUUAAAAUUCUAGCAUCUUCUAAUUCCCUUCCUCUUUUGAUUCCAAACAAGUACUAGGCAUUUGAUCCCUCCUUAGUAAGUUUUUCCUGUCAGGAACCAAGAAAUUUUGCCCAAGGAAUUUGAGAGAUGAGCUCAGAGUUUGGUGCUCUUAAAACCUCUCCCAGCUGCUGACAAAGACACAUCUUGCUAUAGAUAAUUUCAAAUGAAUCAGAAGUGUUCAGUUUUGGCAUGAGCUAUGAUUUUAGCUAUGUUUAGGGUUUGUGUGUUUUUCAAAAUUGUUUGGACUUUGUUCAACAAGAAAAUAAGCAGCUGGGGCAUGGAAGUGACAGUGUUGUCUUUUCAUAUAAAAUGUGGGAAGGUCAUGCAGUUGAAAGGCUCUGGAACAUUUGGUUUUUGUUUCAUCAGUGGAUGGAUUUGCAGAGAGGCUGGUAUCAUACCACAGCCCUGUUUUCUUUGCACUGUAUUUUCAGAACUUCAAUUUGUCGUCUCUUGGCUCAAAAAAUAUUUUGAGGUGACGCAUAGAAAACUAACAGAAUGAUUCACAGAAACAUGUUGCUAAACUUGGAUUUUGCCAAUGUAAGUAAAUUUGUUCCCUACAGCUACAACUGAAUCUCAACUGGGUAAAUUAAUUGUUAGAAGCAAUUAUUUUCAGAGUGCAGUUUAUCAAGUUCCAAGCACAGUAUCAGCACGUAGGGAUACGGAGACAACACAGUGCGGCUUCAUACUAUCUGAAUAGGGUUUUGUACCCUGAUGUGCAAAUACAUUUGAAAUUGAUGCACAUAAAUAUUGUUUUAAAUUAUCCUAAUUGCACAGACAGCUGAAGGUAUGUGAACUUGCCCAGACCUUUGGUUCUGUAGUUGACUGAGUCUGUGUUCAGAUCUUUUGUAUAUACAAGGUUGGAUUUUUGGGUGAUGAAAUAUAUCCUGUGUUCAACAUUGAAAUAGCCUGCAUGUUGAAAGUUUCAAAAGAGUAUUUCUGUGGUCGAUUUUGUGAAUAAAACAGAUCAGUAGGUAUUCCAAAUAUCUCAGGUGGUACACACACAGUAAACCCAAAAAUCUGAAAAUCAGCUGAGCCAGAAUCUUUUACUGAUCUUAAUUAAAAGUUAUCCCUCCUCUUUGAUCUUGAAUGUCAGGCUCUGAAUCCUUGAUUGUGCUAACCAUGUAGAGUUAAGCACCCACAUGGGUUUACUAGAGAUUAACCUCUUGUAGCAGAAGCAGUACCUGUUGAAUAGGUAAGAAUAUUUCUCAGAGUAAGAAAUGGAUUUUCAACAGGACUUGAGGCUCAUUGUUUUUUUAUGGAAAUAUAUCUAUGGAUGUGUUUUUGCUAGUUUAACAGCUGAGAUCCUGACCGUAGAUGGGGGGGGGGGAAAAUACUUAGUGAAUUUACACACUAAAAAAUAUUUUUUUGCAGAUUAAAGCUACAUAAUAAAAUCCAGCUUGCCUUACUGACAAUUAAAAAAUGGUUGUGCUAUAAAUAUCCUCCUGUAUCCAAACUAUUCCACAGUCCUAGAUAAUUCAAGGAAAGGUUUAUAGAAAUGUAGGAAGUGCCUUUGAAAUGUUUGUUAUAUGCAUCUGUAAUAAACCAACUAAGCAAUUGUCCUGGAUUUUUUCCACAAGAAACUGAAGGAGACCUGCUAAUGCUUUUAAUUUGUAAGUUGCACGCACUUACUGAAUUUGUAAGGGCAGCACAGAUCAGAGCAGGGGGUUGUUUUUUCUUGAUGUGUUUGUUUGUUUCUCAGCAUAACAUUUUCUGACUAGGUUUGCCUGUUCACAGUUUUAAGGGUGUGCAAGGGGAGAUUUUGGCUGGUGUUAACAGUCUGUUUAGUUCAUCUACUGAUGCUAGAAUUAAAGGGACAUGUAAAAAGAAAGGGGUGUUGUUUCGUUUAACUUACAGCAAUCAAAUAAAAUCCAGGAUCUAAAUGUCCCCUAGGGAAGGCAGUUUUAAUCACAUUGUUUAUAUUUGACUGUAAACACUGAAAAAAGUUAUUUGCACCCCUAGUUAUACCUCUAGUCUUCCAUUUGCACAUGGAAGACUUUGAAUCAAUUCUAUGUGCAUUCAUUUCUGUAAGGGAUGAGCAGUUGUAGGUAUUAGAGGAAGAAUUAAGUACUGCUUGUUUAAUGGAGUACGUUGAACUACCUUGUGUUAAAUUAGAAGACCAUCACAGCACUAUAGAAUAGGAUAGAGAAUUUCUUAAAAUCUUGAUUUUUGUCUCUGAUAAACUAAAGCAAGGUACAUGUAUAAAAUAACAAAAGAUACUAAUUGCCAGAUGUUUACUUUAAUUAAACCUUUUUAAUGAUACACAGUACAAUGUAUCCACUACACUACAAUUCACAACAAAAAGCAGGUUUCAUAUCUGUUUAAAAAUAUUUUUCAUAAUGAAUUCAUAAAUAGAUGGAAGUAAAGUAUAAAAAAAAAAUACU